AUGAGGGAUUGGACUAUUUAUAAAACUGCGGGUAAUAAGUCCAUAAUUGUAACAUUCUCUUCCAGUAAACAACUGAUCGGCAUAGUAGUCUGCAGCGUGUCGUGGUGGCGCGGCGAGUGGGUGGGGCUCACGCUGGUGGCGCCGCUGCGCGCCGUGCUCGCCGCCAAGCUGCGCCUUAAUGACGCGGUUAAAGAGCCACCACCGCCGGCCAAGCAUCUGAAGAUACUGGAGAGUAUAGACUCGUCGCUAGUGCUAGUUCGCUGCGGCGCCGCGUGGGGCGCUGGCGUGUACCUCGGCGGCGGGUACGUCGUCACCUGCGCACAUGUCGUUAGAAAUUACUCCUCAGCCAAGGUAUCGCUAUACGCGCGAGGAGUGAAAGAGACGGCGAUAGUCCGCUACAAGACAGCUGAUGAUAAGGCCUAUGACCUAGCCCUCCUGUUCUCUAAUCCAGAGAACUGGACGCAUCUUGUUCCGGCACAUUUUAGCACCGAAACUAUUAAGAAAGGCGAGCCAGUGCUAGCGGCCGGCUUCCCGUUCUUCAACGAGAACAAUCUAGAAGACUUGCGCCCCACCGUGACCAGCGGGCACGCCAACAACGUGUCGCCCUCCAUGAUACAGACGUCGUGUUGCGUGCAGUCUGGCUUCAGCGGUGGCGCCAUCUACCGCAUAACUGCAUCAUCUCGCGUGGAGGUGCUCGGUAUAAUAGUGUGUAAUGCCAAGACGGAGACGGGAGCUUGCUUCCCCUACAUCAACAUGGCGGUGCCGGCCUCGACCUUCGUGCAUCUACUGCACACGUAUAUGCAUGAUAAAGAUGCUGACAAACUGAAAUGCAUAGAAAGCGACAAGGAAAUUAUUCAAUCGCAGUGGCGACUCAUGCCUUAUCGGUCGAAGAUUUAGAGAGUUUGGUUUAUUCAAUGUGGUGAUGGAUGCAGAGGAUUUAAUUUAUACAUAUUUUCUUAAGAUAUAUUAAGUACAUAUUUAUAUAAGAGGAUUCAAGCUUUAAUUGUCCAUUGCUACUAUUGUAGUAAAUAUUUCUUAUAUGUUUAGUAUGUAAUACUAAUUUAGUUGGUAUAUUUAUGUGAUAUAUUUUAUCUGGUAUAAGGCAUAUAAGCACAGGGUAUUUGUAAGUAAUAAUUGUACAAUAAUACUAUCUACUCAGUGUAGCAAGUAGAUCAGUAAGUACCUAAAAUAUGACAAUAAAUUGUAAUUUAUUUCAUGGA